GCUGGGGUAAGGAGUUCAAGGCAGCGCCCACACCCGGGGGCUCUCCGCAACCCGACGGUCUGUCCGCUCCCCCCUUCCCCCCCGCCCUCCCACUCAUUCACUCACCCACCCACCCAGAGCCGGGACGGCAGCCCAGGAGCCGGGGCCCCGCCGCCUCCUUGCCGCGAUCCUGGACUUCCUCCUGCCGCAGGAGCCGGCUUCCACGUGUGCCCCGGAGCCGGCGUCUUCUCACUCGCUCCGCUCCGGCUCUGGGUGCCUUCAGCAGCCCGAGCAGCCGGGGCUCCGGGGCCCAGGCUGCCUCUGGGCCAAGUUAGGUGCGGCCGAGUCCAGCGCCGAGCGUCUGCAAGGCCGAAGGAGCCGCGGGGCGUCCGGGGCUGAGCCGCAGCAAAUGGGCUCUGACGUGCGGGACCUGAAUGCGCUGCUGCCGGCGGUACCCUCGCUGGGUGGCGGCGGUGGCUGCGCCCUGCCCGUGAGCGGCGCCGCACAGUGGGCGCCCGUGCUGGAUUUUGCACCCCCGGGCGCCUCGGCUUACGGUUCGCUGGGCGGUCCUGCGCCGCCGCCGGCUCCGCCGCCACCCCCGCCGCCGCCGCCGCCGCCUCACUCCUUCAUCAAACAGGAGCCGAGCUGGGGCGGCGCGGAGCCGCACGAGGAGCAGUGCUUGAGCGCCUUCACCGUGCAUUUCUCCGGCCAGUUCACCGGCACAGCUGGAGCCUGUCGCUACGGUCCCUUCGGUCCUCCUCCGCCCAGCCAGGCGUCCUCCGGCCAGGCCAGGAUGUUCCCUAACGCGCCCUACCUGCCCAGCUGUCUCGAGAGCCAGCCCGCUAUUCGCAACCAGGGAUACAGUACAGUCACCUUCGACGGGACGCCCAGCUACGGUCACACGCCCUCGCACCACGCGGCGCAGUUUCCCAACCACUCUUUCAAGCACGAGGACCCCAUGGGCCAGCAGGGCUCUCUGGGCGAGCAGCAGUACUCUGUGCCGCCCCCAGUCUAUGGCUGCCACACCCCUACCGAUAGCUGCACAGGCAGCCAGGCCCUGCUGCUGAGGACGCCCUACAGCAGUGACAAUUUAUACCAAAUGACCUCCCAGCUUGAAUGCAUGACCUGGAAUCAGAUGAACUUAGGAGCCACUUUAAAGGGAGUUGCUGCUGGGAGCUCCAGCUCAGUGAAAUGGACAGAAGGGCAGAGCAACCACGGCACAGGGUAUGAGAGUGAUAACCACACAACACCCAUCCUCUGCGGCGCCCAGUACAGAAUACACACCCACGGCGUCUUCAGGGGCAUUCAGGAUGUGCGACGUGUGCCCGGAGUUGCCCCGACUCUUGUCCGGUCAGCAUCUGAGACCAGUGAGAAACGCCCCUUCAUGUGUGCUUACCCGGGCUGCAAUAAGAGAUAUUUUAAGCUGUCACACUUACAGAUGCAUAGCCGGAAGCACACUGGUGAGAAACCAUACCAGUGUGACUUCAAGGACUGUGAACGAAGGUUUUCUCGUUCAGACCAGCUCAAAAGACACCAAAGAAGACACACAGGUGUGAAACCAUUCCAGUGUAAAACUUGUCAGCGAAAGUUCUCCCGGUCUGACCACCUGAAGACCCACACCAGGACUCAUACAGGUAAAACAAGUGCGUAAACUUUUCUUCACAUUUAUUUUUCAUUAUUUUUUUUAAAAUACUGUUGAAUGAAGUUGUUUGUGAUGUGAGAGAUUGGAAAAGACGAGUGUAGAAGUUCUGAGAACUGUGCAUGGCUGUCUUUAACUAAUAACAUUGUUUCAGAAGGGUUGGGGUGGGGACCACAGAGCAGAAGGGAGAUGUGAAAAGAACACUCUUUUACUGCGUGUCCAGAAUGAAGGGAGGAGAUGAGCUAGGUCCCCACUGUUACCAGUUUGCUACAUUAUACUGUGUCACUCAGUUUGAUUGGAUCAUCAACUUUACAAACAGCAGAAAUUCUCGCAAGCCAAAUAUUUAUUCUUCGGAGAGCUCACAUUUCAUGACACUAUUUUCAGAGACCUGAAUCCUUGCUGGGCUAAAAGUUAAUGUCCCAGGAGCAGACAUGGUUUCUGCCAGACUCAUAUCAGCCUAUGGACAUUAUUUCCUUUGUACUAGUAUAGAGAGGGGAACAGGACACUUAUUCACUGGUUGCUGAAAGUUUUUGCUUUUCCGCAAGCUUGGUGUGAUUCAUAACAAAAAUAGCACCACCUUUGUUGUGUAUUUUCUAGCUUUGGAAGGAGGGCCAAGGCUUAGGGUUAUCUCGCUGUAUCUUUGCAACAUCCUUCCUUGUAAGAAGAAGAACGUAGGCAUGUUUUAUCCCCAUUUUUCAGAUGAGGAAACCGAGGCACGUAGUGAUGAAAUGACUUGUCUACAGUCCCAAAGCUAGUAAGAAGCAAACCCAAUUCCUUCUGCUCCCAGCCUACCCUGUCCUACAGCCUUCUUUCUUGGUGAAAGAGCGUAGGUUCAUCUCACAGCCCAGGGAGGAUAGGAAUCAGGAAGAGAGCCAAGGUCAGCAAAGCUGAGUGCCAUUGAGAGACUGAGGAGAGUGAAGACCAACAGGAGAAAGGGUUGGGCUUUGUCCAUUGGAAGAUGACCUUUGACAGCAUGGCUGGAGGUUGGGGUGGACGGCCAGGAGCCAGAUCAGGAAGAGCAGAGGAACAGUGAGUGGGAGGUGAGGGAAAAUACGAGGUCAUGAGCCCCCAUGCAGCUGCAGAUUCUCAGCCCGAAUAGGCUGCCAUUUAUAGACAGGGUCAAGGUACCUGUGCCCCAGAGUUGGUGGGGUGGGCAUCUCUUUUGCUCUACUCAGGUGCCUCUCGUGUUUCUUCUUUUCCUUAGUCCUGAGCUCAUAAUUUGGUGAGAAAGUUAUCGUCCCUUUUAUCCUGCCCCCCUCCUCCUCCAACCCUAUGCGUAUCUGUAUAUGCGCAAAAUGGCCCAUGUCACUGGCAGACUGUUUUACCCUAUAUUUGAUCAGCCCCCUGUUCUGACCCUGGGACAGCGCCUCCCCUGGGACAUUCCUCCCUGUGUGUCCCAACCAGUAGUUCUCAGAGGAGGCAAAGUGGGACCAGUGAUACCCUGGGAAGAUCUCCCCGGUGGAACAGACGUUGGCUCCCGUGGCAUUCUUACUUCGGAUUAAGCCACAGCUCGAUCUCCGUAAGGGCCAGGCCUGGGAGGUGGGGUACGGCCGAGGGCGUGGGCUUUGGAAUAGACAGACCUGGAUUUAAGUCCUGCUUGGAUCUGCCCUCACUAGCGGUCUAGCCUCAUCUCCAGAGUGGGGAUACUAAUGCUUGUCUUACAGGGCUGUUGUAGGGAAUACAUGAAAUAAUGUAUGUAGAUGAUGCCCAGCACACAGCUGGGCAUAUAUUAGGCAUUUCAUAAAUGCUGAUUAUCCUCCCUGUCCAGAAUGAGGCUUGGAAGGAACUUCUGAGAGCUCCUUGGAUGGAGUGGUCUCGAUCUUUUGGCAGGCUCGUUAAAAAUCUUGAAACCAAAAAAGAAAAAGAAAAUCUUAAAAUCAUGCCUCAACUCGAAUGGGGAUUAUGCUCUGAGUAACACUUUGAGGUAAAAGAAGCAAAUGUCCUGCAAACUGGUAUCAGUGACUUAUUCUAAAAUACCCAGCCCAUCCAGAAUAUCUCCACAGGCAGAGAUAUUAAAGCUACGGUCACGCUCUACUACAGGAGGGCAAUCAAUCAGUAAUAUCCAGGGUGAUGAUCCUGAGCCCCUGCGGCCCAGUGAAGCUCAGUUCCCUGGGAAGACAGUGCAGGGGAAACAUUCAUGCAAUUCACAAAACAGUCUAACAGCAAAGGGUGAAACAAAUGUUUUCCCCUCCAUUACAUACAAAUUGCCCAGACACUUUGAUUAACUAGACUCAUUCCUGGGCGCCUGGGUGGCUCAGUCGGUUAAGCGACUGCCUUCGGCUCAGGUCAUGAUCCUGGAGUCCAGGGAUC